AUGAGUAAGACACUUGAAGCUGAUUGCACAAAAAAGUGUAAGUCUAGAAGCCAUGGCCAGAUAAUUACUAGUGCUAUAACCAAGAGAUCAGUUAGUGAUGCAUCCCUUGCUAGCUUUAUCAAAGCAACAUGUGCCAAUUUUACUAAAGCCUUUGAUUUUGAGGGCCGCACAGCUCUACAUAUGGCUGCUUCCCGAGGGCGAAAUAAUCUAAUGAAAUGGCUUAUCAACCACUCUUCAGAAGCGUUUGUCAAUGCUAAGGAUAGGGAGUCGGGCUAUACACCACUUCACAGAAGCAUCUUCUAUGGACAAAUACAUACAACUGUUGCUUUGAUGAAAAUAGGUAUAUACCCAGACAUUUUGGACAAAGAUGAUUAUAAGGCACUCGAACAUGCAAUGCUAGAUCGUCAAUAUAUAUGCAAGGUGGGAAAUGACAUGCCGAGUGAUGUCUAUGUCUGGGGCAGCAAUUCUAAUUAUACCCUUGGUACUGGGUCCCAACAGCCAAAAAAUAUGCCAGAUCUGCUAACCUGCUUUAGUAGAAACAACGAGGAUAUGAAACAGUGUUGCGUGUUAGAAAAUAAAACCGGCUUGAUACCAGUGUCGAAAGAUUGCACUCAGAGCUUAGACGUUCAAGCGUAUGCGCAUUUAGGAUGUUUUGAUGCUCUGCGCCGAUCUAUAAAGGACAAUAAGCCGCUGAUUAUAUUCUACAUAUUUCUGUUCCUUAUCACGUACGCGAUUUUAGUGUUCUUCGCAUACUGCAUCAUUCGCGGUGAACCGCUAUUAGCUGCGAUGGGGGAAUCCGUCAUGUUUCAGAAGCAGGAUAACGGUCUGACGGAAAAUAUGCUGCCGUCCCAUUCGUCUCUCGACAACAUGAUAUUCGUUGAGGAACCGCCGAAGAAGGUAUGUCUGGGCAAGUUCCACAGUGUUUGGCUCAGUGGAUCCGGCUCGGUCUGGUGUGCGGGUCAACCGAACCGAGCUGGCGGGUCGUCUGCCACAGCGCUUCGCCCCAGUCAGCUACGGUUACCGGAGCCCUGCCGGCAAGUCGCUUUGACGCUGUCAUCUACUGUUUUCUUGCUGCAGAGUGGUACGAUGCUUCAAUACACGUUCAACAGCUCGGAAAACACAGCUCCAACGUCGAAGGUUGCAACCACAAAGUACCAAAUCUCGCACCCCAUAGGUGUAUGCGCAGGUCGAUCUCACGCCGUUCUGUGGAAUGCGAAGAGCGUCUUCACGUGGGGUCUCAAUGUGGGUCAAUUGGGACAUCAGGCUGAAGAUAAAAUCGUUCCAACACCAAAGAGGGUCGCUAUAUCAAUGAACAGCAAGGAGGAGACCAAGUUUGAGCUGGUGGAUGCGUCUGACGCUGCAACUGUAGUCACCACCAGCAGGGGCGAUGUUUAUCUUCUACACAAGUUUAUUUGCAAGAAAAUUGCCGUUAAGCAAAUCAACUUGCACCAGGUGUGUGUUGAGGCAAAAGUGAGCGAGACGGGAAAUUAUUCCCGUGUCACCGUUUUGCUUCUUACCAAUGUUGGCCAACUGAUGAUUUGGCAGGAUACUACCAAUCGACUCACGAGAUGUGUAUUUGGUGUCAACCAUCAAGUGAAAAUAACACAAAUGGCCCUAACACACGACGCGCUCUACAUCACAACCAAAUACGGCGAGGCGUUCAUUGGCUACAUCUCGCGGAAAGCCACGCCCCCGCCGCAGCAACCAAUCAAGCGCGAGAAAGAGAAGGACAAUGGCAAAUCGGCUCUCGUCAAGUUUCUGGAAAAGGACGACUGCACACCUGUGAAGAUCGUGAAGAUACCGAAUAUACAUAGGGCCGUAGCUAUUUCCGUGGACAAUGAGGGGCUUAACUUUGCUUGCAUACAGAAUAAACCAACCUGUGGCCUUACAUCGGUACCAGAAUUGUCUCCGUCAUGUUUAUCAAAGCACAUGGAGACGCUUCUAGAAACCGCUGCUGAUGAUGAUAUAUUACACGAUGUGACGUUUAAGGUUGGACCCAAACUCUUCCCAGCGCACAUUUUCAUAAUAGCUUCAAGCAGUGAAUUGUUAUACAAGCUAUACCAAGAUGCUUCCCUCAUUAACAAGAAGCCCAUAAUACCCCUUGAAAACGUUCAUCCAGAAGUUUUUGAGCAGAUUUUAAAGUAUAUGUACACAGGGAGUUGUGCUGUAACCGAGUUGGGAGCGUGUAGCUUAAAGAUAAGGAAGGAAGAUAUAAUUAGUGCUAAGAAAGAAAGGGAUGAAGAUGCUGUGAAUGAAAUUAUUGAAAACCCUGCAGAAAUUUCUGCAUUUGAAGUGUACAAGAAUCAAGAUAAGAAGAAGAAUAACAGACGUCGGACGAACAGUAAUGACACCAGUGCUAAUGCACCAACACAGAGGAAUAUUUACUGUGAUCCAGUAAAAACAGUACAGGCCUCCGCUAAAAGAUUGCAAGUUUUGGGCUUGCAUAAGCUACUGGAUAAAUACUAUUACAAAAAUGGUACAGUGCGCUUGCGCGAUAGUGCUGAACACAUCAAAAACACCCAAACUUGGGACCGUGAAUUAUUCUCCGACCUAGUUGAUACUAAUGUGUGUUCCAAAGAUGGCAUUCUUAUUUCUGCUCAUAAAUGCAUUUUGGCUGCUAGACUCGAGUACUUUUAUGGAAUGUUUAUGCAUUCAUGGACUGAGAGCAAAAAGUUAUCAACUGUUACCAUUCCAAUAAACCAUGGUAUACUACUCCCCGUUAUCAACUUCCUGUACACUGACUUGUGCCCGGAAAUAGAUCGAUCAGACAGUAUCGACUUUAUUUGCAGCAUGCUCAUAGUCUCAGACCAACUGUUUAUCGGGCGUCUAAGAGAAAUGUGUGAAGUUGCUCUUGCCAAUUUGGUUACCAUGAAAAACUGUGCCGAACUAUGCCAAUUUGCCCACACAUACAAUGCUAUGCAACUCAAGCAAUACUGCAUGGAGUAUAUCUCCCUUAAUAUAGCUAACAUCCUUGAAAUCAGAGCAUUAGAUCAUUUGGAGGAGGAAUUAUUGGAAGACAUAAGCAAGUAUUACUGCAAAUUCAAUCCCAUAAUGUCUUCACGGGUCAUAACACCUUUCUCAAUUGCGCCAAGUGACGAAACAAUUGAAGAAUCAUUGAAGAACAAUCAGAUAGAUUUAGAUUAUGUUGACGAAGAUUUUAUUAAAGAUACAAGUAUGGUCGAACUUACAAGUAAAUCCAACAAGAAGUCAAAGCCUAAGAAAAUUGAGUAUACAGAGAGUGAGAAAGCUAGAAUGAGAUAUGAAUCUGUUAGUUCAGUGAAUUCACUAGAUCUGAAUGAGUCAUCUGGUGAUAUAACUCUAUCGCUUAAAGAAAUAUCAAAAGAGAGCGACAAGUCAGUAGAAGCCACAAAGUGGACACAGGUAUUGUCACCUCAGCAGAAAGUGGUUAAGGCUCGCCUUAAAGCUAUAUCUGCAGCCAAGGACAUAAUGAAUGAACCACCUGCAAACUCUUUCACUAAACUAACAAAGAGUGUAACAUCACCAACGGCAGACAUACCAAGCACCUCUUGCUCCACCUCACCUAAAGAAUCUACUGUAACAGAGCUUGUCAACAGAAAUUCUCAUUGCAACCUUGUUAUUAAUCAUGUUGGCCCAAAAUUAUCCCAAAAACAGAGAAAAAAGAUGGCCGCUGGAGACUGUUUAGCACCGCAAACACUUGAUUCUUAUUUAGCUAACAAGUUAACCAUUGGGUCUCCACCUGACAAGCCCAAAAACCCUUGGAAAAUAUGUGAAGCUCCAAUUGCUUGUAGCAGCCCAAUGAGACCAAAGGCUCUUGAAUUUAAUCAGAUAUUGGCAGAUCAGAAAAAGCAAAAAGAUGACUCCUCAAGAAUUAUGACAAAAUCACUUACAUUGACACAGCUUGAAGAUAAAGCUAUCGAGGAAUUAGAAAGAUUCUACAACAUCCAUGAAAUUGACGAUGAAAGCAUAACAGUUAGACGCAUUGAGCUUCAAGUGUCUUCACCACAGUGGAUUCACACUGCCCCAAAGUGA